CUCCAGGAGACCGAGAAGGGCGAUCCGGAGAUUCUACCCGACCCCGAAAAGAAUCCUGAUCCUUGCAGUGAAGGUUCUUCAAAUAAAUCUGCAUAAAAGCAAGGUCGCCUCUGCCGAGCUCCUCCUCAAUUUAGAGAGGAUCGGCUACGAUGCGGCGUUAGUCCAGGAGCCAUGGAUAGCGUCGGGAAACGUGGUAGCUGGACUAAAGUCGCAAACUUACUAUACGCACAUCCCGAGUGCAACAAACAGGAUGAUCUGACGGUGGUAGCUGUGAAGGAUGGCAAGGAUGACACAAUACUCCUUGCAUCUUGUUACAUGCCUCACGACGAGGAGGCGCCACCAAACGAGCUCCGGAGGUUGGUGGGAGAGGCCGAGAAGGCGAAACGCCCACUCAUCAUAGGCGCGGAUGCCAAUGCGCACAACACAGUAUGGGGGAGUGGAGAUACCAACGAAAGGGGUGAGUCUUUACUAAACUUUAUAUUAAUAAGUAAUUUAGAUAUAGCUAACCGGGGUGAGGAACCUACUUAUAUUGGCCCUACCUCGAAGAACGUCCUUGACAUAACACUCCACACUAGUGGGGGAAUCGGAGUACAGAAUUGGGAGGUGCUUAGUACACCCUCGUUCUCUGACCAUAGGUAUGUAGGAUUUCAGGUAAAAUUCUCAGCCCGUACAAAAAGCGAAACCUUCAGAAAUCACAGGAAUACAAACUGGGAAUUGUAUGAAAGGGUAGUGAGGAAGAAUUUAACCAAGCAUAGGGUAAGUGACUCCCACUCUGAAUUGGAGGAACUGACGCUCGAAAAGAUUCUGGACGCCUACAUUAGGGAUAAGCUGCCGUCGGCCAGCAUAUCAAAGGCGCAGCAUGCCUACACGAAGGGUAGAUCCACUGAGACUGCACUUCACUCACUAACCGCGGUAAUAGAAAAAGCUCUGGAGCAUAAAGAAUAUGCCCUAGGGGUCUUUCUGGACAUAAGCGGGGCAUUUAAUAAUGUCUCCUAUGAGGCAAUAAUGGAAAGCCUAGAAGCAGCCCAGAAAAAAGAUACAAAGUUGUAUUAA